UGUUUAUGGUUCCAGAGAGUUACAUACAAAUGAUCCAUUCAACCAAAGUCAUCAAAUUUUCCAGGUUUAAUUUGUUUGAAUUUGGUUUCAGUGAAAAUAUAUGAACUGUGAAAAUUUCGUGAAAAGUUUCAUUUUUUAUUGAAAGCCUACCAUUCAUGGGAAUAUGUUACAUGCUGGUCGCCUCCUCAAGGUGUUGGUUCUAGCGUUGAUAGUUUCAGGAGUCAGUGCUUUCCAGCCGGAGUUUGCGGAGCCCAUCGUUAAUUUGACGAUACCUGUAGGGAGAGAUGCUACAUUUCGAUGUCUAGUACAUAAUUUAGGAGGAUAUAGGGUUGGCUGGGUAAAAGCAGAUACGAAGGCCAUACAAGCAAUACACGAUCACGUGAUAACGCAUAACUCAAGAGUGUCAGUAUCCCAUAACGAUCACACCACUUGGAACUUGCAUAUCAAAAACGUACAAGAAGAAGAUCGGGGAGAAUAUAUGUGCCAAAUCAACACAGAUCCGAUGAAAAGUCAGCUCGGUACUCUGGACGUAGUAGUUCCACCAGAUUUUAUAUCGGAAGAAACUUCUGGUGAUGUCAUUGUCGCUGAAGGGGGAAUGGUCAGAUUGACUUGCAAAGCGAAAGGCCAUCCCACCCCAGAGGUUCAAUGGCGUAGAGAGGAUGGCAAGGAUAUAGUUUUGAGGACACCUACAGGACUCAAAACAAAAGUGGCAUUCUAUCAAGGGGAAAUACUCAGAUUGGCCAAGAUUUCAAGAACGGAGAUGGGAGCCUACAUGUGCAUUGCAACAAACGGAGUGCCCCCCACAGUCAGCAAAAGAAUCAUUGUUAACGUGCACUUCCAUCCUGUGAUUCACGUUCCAAAUCAAUUAGUGGGCUCUCCAGUUGGAACCGACGUUUCGUUAGAGUGCCAUAUCGAGGCCUUUCCCAAAUCUAUCAAUUACUGGAUUAGGGAUACAGGGGAAAUGGUUGUAAGCAGCUAUAAAUAUGAUGUCCAGACAUCAAGCAAAUCACAAUUUGAAGUAAGAAUGACGGUGAAAAUCAGAAAUCUUCAGAAAGAAGAUGCCGGUUCCUACAGGUGUAUUGCAAAGAAUUCAUUAGGUGAAGUUGAAAGUAAUAUAAGGCUUUAUGAUAUCCCUGGUCCUACCAGAACGUAUCACACAUUAGAUGAGGAGGACUACAAUGACCAAGUAGGAUCUGCGGAGUUGGACCAAGACGAUUUAUCGAAUAAUAUAUUAGAAUUAGAUCGACCACUUACCACAUCUACAACUGCUCGUGGCUUACAUGAAAACAAGUUCGGAAAUCAUGUUCCAACUGACGCCCCAAUAAACAAAUCUUUUCAUUUAACGCCAAGUUUACUCACCCUCUUAAUCAUGUUAUUUAAAAUAUGACAAAACCCGAAACUGAUAGUAAAAUAAUGACAAUAAUGUUUAAAUACCUUCAUCACUGAAAAUAUCGAAAUGUUACUUUUUCCUGUUCGGUUUUAAUAGAUGAUUAUUGUGUACUGUUUUAUAUUUCAUUUUAUUUUUCGAAGAUUUAUUACUGUUGAAAUCUUUUAAGAAAUUUAUUGUUAUUUUUAGAUCUAUCAAAAUUCCAUCUUUUCAUCUCACUAGACGUAUAAAUUACUGACUGAAUAGGGGUAAAAUUUCGAGAAAAUUACUUGGGGAGUUAGAAUACGGCUGAAAGAAACUAGUUUAAUUCAUUAUAUUUCAUAUUUGUGGCAUUAGAAAAGUUUAUUUAAUAAUAAAUCUCGAAUGUAAAUCACGAGAUAUUCAUAAAACCGUGAAUUACUGUGCUUUUUUUGCAUUCAGUGUUUCAUUCGCAUUUAUAUUCUGUUCAAUCUCUGCGCAACUUUUUUUAUUAUACAGAUUUGUAAUUGUAAUUUCUAUUUGUAAACCACAAAACUCCCCAUUGCGACUUAUUGGAACUUGGACUGGGAUUCUGGGAAGCCAAAAUUAUAGGCCAAUUAAUUUUUUGAUAAUAUUUUACUCGAUAUCUGUAAGUACAAUAAGUAUACUCGUAAAUGAACAACUAAUUACUAUUCCAAAAAGUAAAGCAUAAUAUGAAAUAACCAAAAUAAAUAUUAUGGCUAUAUACUAAUUCUCAAUUUCUUUCAGCAUAGAUCUUUCAAACUCGAAACAUAAACAAAAUAUUCAAAUAAGACCUAUUUAUGUACUAACAAUAUCGAGAAUGAUCUUUAAUCGUAGGUAUAUUGCGUUCAUUUGAAUUGUCUUUAUAAUUCGAUUGUCUUCCAAGAAAUCUUAACCCUUAAAAAAAAUGUUAGUUAUAAACCAAAUCUGAUAAGAUAUUCAUUGAAUUAUAAAAAUUAUAUUUGUUCGGAAUGAAUUUUCUCCCUUUGUUUUAAAGAUGUAAGGAUAAAUUGUAAAUAAACUAAUAAAGAUGUAAUUUAAAUCAAAUUGAAUAAAAAAUAAUUAUACGAA